CAGAUGCUAGAGUAUGGAGACACAGAUACAUAUGGUGCAACGAAUGAAGAUUUGAUGGUGGGCAGAUUGGGAGGAAUGCCAAUAUCGAAUGAACAGAGAUAUAUGGAGGAGGUGCCAAUGUUCACAUUGGAACAGGUGGACUAUAAGCCAAAGGGCAUACACUCUAUGCUCGUCUGCUCAAACAGGAUCAUCAUCGCCACACAGACUUCGCGUAUCAUACGUCUCGACCUCAACAACCCAUCGGACCUAGAGGAGAUUGAGUUUGCUCGACCCAACGAGAGGAUAUACAAGAUCUUCCUCGACCCCUCAGGACUCUACCUGCUGAUCUCCAUGGAGAGCGAGGAGGUCUACUACAUCCAUCAGUCGUGGAAGAAGCCCAAGCCAUUGGGCAAGCGUUGGAACGUCGGUCUGAUCGAGUCCAUUGCCUGGGACGAUCCCAUCGAUGGACAGCCUCAAACCAUCCUCAUCGGUAACAACAAGGGCAAGAUCUUUGAGACCACCGUCACAAACAUCGAGCGUGGUUUCAUUGGCGACGUCUUCUCACAGGGUCAAGCGCCCAUCAGAUUUUUGUAUUCUACAGAGGAUGGAUCACCCAUCACGGGCAUGCGAUUGGAGAGAGCACAGGGCAGGUACUUUGCGAUCAUUACAACACCUACACGUAUCUUCCAAUUGAUUGGCGGUCAGACAUUGGACAACCUGUUUGCCCAGGAUCACAUCCGAUUCGAUGAGCUACCCUCCACACUCAACUACAGUGAGUUGGCCUUUUACGCCAAGUCAUCCAUCAGUUUACCACAGUCGUUCGCCUGGCUGAUCGGCUCGGGCAUCUACCACGGCGACCUCAUCUUUGGCUCGCAGAACCCCGGUGACAAGUUCACCAGCGCCAUCUCUGUACUAGACUUUACACGUCGUGAUCAUACCAACCGACCCAUGCCGCCCAUCUCCUUUGCCAUCACCCAGUUCCACUUCCUACUCCUCUAUGAGGACAAGCUACAAGCUAUCGGCAAGCUCAAUGGACAGAUCGUCUAUGAGUAUCCAUUCAAUCCCAGACAAAUAAGAUUAAGAGGUGUAUGCGUUGACAGCUCGAAUGGAACGACUUGGAUCUACGCGGAUAAUAUAGUGUUUGAGCUGUGCAUCAAGGAUGAGGAUAGGAAUGCUUGGAAGUUGUAUUUGGAGAAGGGCCAGUUCGAGACGGCACUCGAGUACUGCAAGGAGCCUUAUGCCAAUGAGAAGCGCGAUCAGAUCUGGGCCACGCAGGCCGACCACUACUUCAAGGAGAGCAGGUAUGAGAUGGCCGCCAACUUUUACGGCAAGACGCACAAGAUCUUUGAGGAGAUUGCGCUCAAGUUCCUCAACUCGGGCCAGCGCGAUGCACUCAAGACCUAUCUGCUUCAGAAGCUGCAGCACAUCCCACGCCGCGACACCACUCAAAAGACGAUCAUCUGCACAUGGCUCAUCGAGAUCUUCAUCAGUAAGCUCAACUCGCUGCGCACCAACGCUGCGGACCAGGCCAACUACCAGAAGAUCAAGUCAGAGUUCCGCCAGUUCCUCACGUCAUACCGCGAGAACCUCAAUCAGACGACCACCUUCAACAUCAUCAGCAGCCACGGCGCCAUUGACGAGCUGCUGUUCUACGCCGAGCUGAUCGAAGACUUUGAGCGCGUGAUCUCCUACCACAUCCAGCAUCAAGAAUACGACAUUGCUCUCAACACGCUCACGACACUCAAGGCCACGCACCAGGACCUCUACUACAAGUUCUGUCCGGUGCUGUUCCACUUCAUCCCCGUGCAGACUGUCAACGUGUGGAUGCAGACCAACUUCCUGGUGCCACGCAAACUCAUCCCCUCUCUGAUGCGUUACGACCACUCACGUGCACGCACUGGUGAGAACCAGGCCAUCCGCUACCUGCAGUACUGCGUGCGUAACCGCAACACAGACCGCGCCGUGCACAACUAUCUGCUGUCGCUGUACGUCAAGCAAGAGGACGACUCACCACUGCUCUUCUUCCUGCAGUCGCCCGAUGUCUACUACGACCCAAAGUACGCCCUACGUCUUUGCAUGAAGGAGAAGAAGCUCAAGGCAUGUGUGCUGAUCUAUGGCUCAAUGGGCCUGUACGAGGAGGCUGUGGACCUGUCGCUCGAGGUGGACAUUGCGCUGGCGCGUGAGAAUGCAGACAAGGUCAAGGACGAGGACGAGGCGCUGUGCAAGAAGCUGUGGCUCCGCAUCGCCCGCCACGUCGUCGAGAAGGACAACAACAUCAAGGAGGCGAUGGAGUUCCUCAAGCAAUGCCCUCUGCUCAAGAUCGAGGACAUUCUGCCGUUCUUCCCCGACUUUACCGUGAUCGACGACUUUAAGGAGGAGAUCUGCAAGUCGCUGGAGGACUACAAUCUGCACAUCGACGAGCUCAAGAACGAGAUGGACGACUCGACCAACUCGGCCGAGCUCAUUCGCAAGGACAUCCAGAACCUCAGGAACAAGUAUGGUGUGGUCAAGGGCGACCAGAAGUGCGACAUCUGCAGCUACCCCGUGCUGUCCAAGCGCUUCUAUUUGUUCACGUGCCAGCACGUCUUCCACUCGGACUGUCUCAUCACCGAGAUGAUGAAAUAUCUGGACGAGUACCAGAAGAGACGUGUGCGCGACCUGCAGGCCACCAUCUCCACACAGACCGCUUCAUCGACCACCAGCAUCAAGCCCAAUCAAAUGAUGAACUCUGCCGCCUCAUCCAUGAUGAUUGACGAGGUGUCUCAAGAGGACAGUAUCAACAACGAGCUGGACAAGAUCGUUGCCAAGGAGUGUAUAUAUUGCGGUGACAUCAUGAUCAAGUCAAUCGAGAAGCCAUUCAUUGGAGUCAACGAAUUGGAACUUCUUAGGAGCUGGGAGAUCUAG